AUGGCCGCAGCCACCGAUGCGCCGGCCGCUCCUCCGAAAUGGAAGCCAACAGCAGACGAACAAGCCGAUCUUGACGCCAUGAACGCCGCCAUUACGCGCAUGCAAAAGCAUACCCCGAAAGACCCAUACGUGCUCGAAAUCCCGCAAGACGUCGAACCGCGUUACCACCACCCCCAUCCCGCAACGCGGCGACAAUGGCUGGAUAAGACCCCCUUUGUCGAUGGCGAGCACGAGAUCACGCAGUAUCAGACCUUCCACUUCUAUGAGCAUGGCAAGGAAAUGUACGUGCUGCACAGCAGUCGCAGGGAGGAGCGCGCAAGCAAUCUCUCCACGCGGCCGGCAGCGAAUGCGAUGGGAAGUGCUGCGCCUAAGAAGAAGAUCACGCUGGAUGCAUACAAGAAGAAGCAGAAUGGGGUGGGAUCAACGCCGGAGUUGAAGGCGACAAAGGCGAGUGACGCGCUGGCCAAGCAGGCGGCGGUCAAGGGUCCGAUUGAGAGGGUGAAGGCUGAGACGGAGGAGAUGUUGGCUGCGGUUGCAGAGGACGAGGUUCUGACUGGGAAGAAGGGAAAUGGUGCAGCGCCCCCAAAUGAUCUCAAGCGCAAGAGGGAAGGUAUGGGAGCAGUCAAGAAGCCGGACGACAACAAGGGGGCACGUGGGCCGGUGGAGGUUGCGGAGCCAGCUGUGAAGAAAGCGAAGCUGUCAGGUGAAAGAGCUGUAGAGGACAGGAAUGGCGUCAAUGGAAGCAGGCUGGCACGUGCAGGUCAUGAGAAGACUGGCAAGUCACCAGUUGCGCCAGAGGAGAACGGCCUACCACCACGCAUGGUCUCGCCAGAGUAUCCUCCAGCGAUGCCUCCACGACUAUCUCCUGGAAUGGAAGAAAGGCCCAAGCCGAAGAAGGCAGAAGACCUUCCGCUUCCGAAGCGCCUCACCCCGAAUAUGCCCGACAAUAUCUCGAAAUCACUUCAAGCCCGCGAACAGUCUUCUGCCGCGCCAGUUGUCAAGUCGGCAUCAAAGGAGAAAGGCAGAAUGAGUCCAAUCAGAAAGGAAGCCAGCAAGAUCACGAAACACAAGUCACCAGUUCCGCGAAAUGGCUUUCGUGCCGGCUCGAAUUCUCCAAUCAAGCGACCAUCAGCACAAGAGAGAGGACGGCCUACGAGUUCAAUGGCACAAGACAAGAAUGCAGAGCUUUCGCAGGACGAUGAGAUUGCGGUGGGUAGGGCGCGCAACUCGAGGAAAGCCGUGUCUCCACAGUCAACGACACCGUCGAAAUAUUCACUCAUGGUCAAGAUGAAAUACAAAAAGGCACACGCGAUGGACAUUGCGCGUAUGUUGAAGAUGCGGCCGGCUCCUAAGAAGAUCAUGUUGCCGUCUCCACCUCUUACCGCAAAAUCUGUCGAAAACGGCGAAUCGACUUUGAAACCUGCAGAGAAGACGAAUGGCGAGCGUAAAGAAGCGACAGCCACGAAGGGUGUUGCCCAAAGGGUUGGACCUGCUGCCGCGCGAAAGAAGCGGGAAGCAGCUGCUCUUCAGGCUGAGAAGCAAGCUGCUUUGGACAACAGUGCAUCUGUCGCCAAAUCAGUCGCCAUGGACAAGCAGGCCAGUCAGGACAAGCGACCAGCACACGAAAAGCCCAUGUCUGGAGAGAAGCGUCAAUUGCCAGAUGAUGAGAAGCGUGAGUCACCGACCAAGCGCAAGAAGUUGGAGGGUCCUGAAGCCCGGAAAGAAGCCACAAGCCCAGUACCGCGAGACCCCGAUUCUCCCGCGGGACAGCACAAGUCACAUCUUCAGGCGACGCCCACUGCGCGGAACAAUCUUCUAGCAGUGCACAUGGCUCGGGAUAAAUCUCAAGACAGCAACAGUACGCCUACACCGUCCGCACCCUCGAGCACUCCCCAUCUCACCUCGCAACCCACCGGCCAAGCCCGUCCACCGUCCAGUGCUCCAGUCAUCAAAACGCCGCGCCAGCAGGCAUGGGAGACCGAGCAACGCCGGCUGGAAACCCUCGGUCGAGACCUGAAACACGCGAGUACUGCUCACCUCCAUCCCACCCCGUCUUCCGACCCUUCCACCAUUCCGCACACCGACCAAAAGCUAGCCGCCGUCAAAGCCGUCGAGUCUUUCCUCUGUUACCUCCUCGCCUUCACCUGCGCGGACGAAGCUGCCAUCGCGGCUGAACCUCGCCAAGCUCCUCCUGGCCACCUCUGGCGCAGUCUACUUGGAUUCUAUGGGUUUGUACGACGAAACAGCGAGAGCUUUCCACUCCUUUUCGGCUUGGCAUCCUCGCUAGGUGUGGUGUUCAGCUCCCGCAUUGUCGAAAUCGCCACACAGCUUCCCACCGAACCAGGAGCGACGAGUAAAAUUCUGGAGUUCAGCGCGUUGCUGCAGCGUGCGGCGAGCGAUGCUGAAUCAAAGUUUGAUAUGGACGUGCUGCAGGAGCAGUUUCCGCGAGCAUGGAGCCAGAGAGCGAGGAAGCCGCUGCCGUCGCGGGAGAGACUCGAGCCGGGAAAGCUGGGCGGGUCUUUUAGGUUGCCAUUCGGAGUGGCAACAUCGCCUAUCCGGGCGGCUAGAGCGGGACAUCUCAUCUUGCAGGAAUGGAUGGAGAAGGAAGGUGUUGCGUACGAGUUGAAGUUGAAGCUGAAGCCGGAGUAA